AUAUAUAUAUUUUGUUCAUUUUUCCCCAGCUUAUUCUAUGGCUCCAUCUGCAUCUUUACAUUUGAAAUCAGUUCUUGUUGGACAGGAAGUGACUUUAAAAUGUCUCAGUGAUAACAGUCUAACCGUGGUCUUUAAAUGGUACAAACAAACUUCAGGACAGAAACCACAACUCAUGUCUAAUUUCAUUAGACACGAGAGUGAAGGAACUUUGGAAGAUAACUUUCGGAAUGAUGCGAGGUUCCAGCUGGAGAGUGGUGCUGGUAAAAACCACCUGAAGAUCUCAAAUGCACAGACAUCAGACUCCGCUACUUACUUCUGUGUUGGUGGAUAUUCAUAUGUUUAUGAAUUUUUUGAGGCAUACAGUGUGCAUGUGGGGGACUCUUCUUCUUACAUCCAGACUUCUGUGGAUCAGUCGUCCUCUGAGAACAUCCAUGCAGGAGACUCUGUGACUCUGAACUGUACAGUACACACUGGGAGCUGUGAUGGAGAACACAGAGUUUACUGGUUCAAAGACUCUGAAGACUCUCAUCCAGGACUCAUUUACACUCAUGGAGGCAGGAAUGAUCAGUGUGAGAGAAAGAAGAACACACAAACGCACAGUUGUGUUUACAAGCUCCACAUGAAGAACCUGACUGAGUCUCAUUCUGGGAUCUACUACUGUGCUGUUGUCUCAUGUGGACACAUACUGUUUGGAAACGGAACCAAACUGGACCUCACAGUUGGUAAGUUAAAGUGAUAUUUGCGGAGUGUGAACACAAUAUUUUAAAUCAGAAAUGUGUGUUUUCUGACUCUCUGCAGGUCAGCCAAACUCUUGGUUGGUGUUUUUCUUAACUGGAUCUUUGACCUUCAUGAGCGUCCUUGUUAUUUUUCUGGCUUACAAGAUUA